CCAUAUUAGCUCAGUAUAGAGUAGCACUGUGUAUGGAAGUGUAGUCGGUGUAUUACUAGGUGUGCUUUUGUAAUUCGUUUAUUGUAUUUUGCUGGUGCUUCCAAUAAACUGACAUCUUUUUUUGAGACCUGUAUCGGUUUAAGGGACACACAGAAUAGCCAGUUUGUUUUGUAGUGUGGUUUUGUUUUCUCUCUCAACAGGACUCUAACGGUCGCUGCGCGAGAGGGUUUUCUUGUGGUUUUUCAGUAGCAAACACAGGACACGGGUUCCUUUCCCGGCUCGUUUUUACAGACGUGGACUUCAAUAAAUAUAUAUAUAUAUACUUUUUUUUUACUUGUAGUUUUUGUUUUUCAAAGCACCCAGUUCCAAUUUAGAUGGCAAGCUUCCCAGAUUUUGUAAACGAAAAUGAAAUAGCUAAGUCCUGGUUCGUCGGAGAGCUUUUGACACCGUCCGCCCCCUUUGACCAGAAGUCUGGCCGGGAAACCUGGACUGUCUCUUUUGCUCCGGACGGUUCUUAUUUUGCUUGGUCUCAGGGUCACCGCAUUGUCAGGCUCAUUCCCUGGUCCCAAUGCCUGAACAAUUUUACGCUUGAUGGCAAUGUCAUUAACAAUGUGGGUGACAGAAGGCUGUCCACACAGAACAGCGAUGGGCAGCAGAAGAAUAUUCCCCGGGAGCACACUAUUGACUGUGGAGACGUUGUCUGGGGCCUGGCGUUUGGCUCAUCUGUGCCAGAGAAACAAAGCCGCUGUGCCAAUAUAGAAUGGCAUCGCUUCAAGUUUGGACAGGACCAGCUGCUGCUAGCAACAGGGCUCAACAAUGGGCGCAUCAAGAUCUGGGAUGUAUAUACAGGUAAACUGUUGCUAAAUUUGAUGGAUCACACUGAAGUGGUGCGUGACCUGACUUUUGCCCCGGAUGGAAGCCUUAUUUUAGUAUCUGCCUCCCGAGAUAAAACCCUGAGGGUUUGGGACCUUAAAGACGAUGGAAACAUGAUAAAAGUGCUGAGAGGACACCAGAGUUGGGUGUAUUGCUCUGCUUUCUCUCCCGAUUCCUCUGUUCUGUGCUCUGUAGGCGCUAGUAAAGCGGUGUUCCUGUGGGACAUGGAUACAUACACCAUGAUCCGCAAGCUGGAAGGUCAUCAUAAUGACGUAGUGUCUUGUGAAUUUUCUCCCGAUGGGGCCUUAUUGGCAACGGCUUCUUAUGACACACGUGUUCUAGUCUGGGAUCCUUGUACUGGCAGCGUGUUGUUUGAGUUUGGACACCUGUUCCCUCCUCCAACUCUUAUAUUUGCUGGAGGGGAGAAUGACCGCUGGGUGAGGUCUGUCUCAUUCUGUCACGACGGACAGAGCAUUGCCAGUAUUGCUGAUGAUAGAUUAAUAAGGUUCUGGAAUAUUGAACAGAAGUCUCCACAAGCCAUUGCCCCUCUGAGUAAUGGGCUGUGUUGUGCCUUUUCAAUUGAUGGCAGCGUUUUAGCUGCUGGGACUCGUGACGGCAGCGUUUACUUCUGGGCCACGCCUCGGAUCAUCUCCAGUCUCCAGCACUUGUGCCGCAUGGCAAUCCGGAGAGUGAUGUCCACGGACGAGGUCAAGAAGCUGCCUGUCCCAGACAGAGUGAUGGACUUUCUGUCUUACAGGAUUAUGUGAAAGAAAUAAGCUGAAUUGCACGCUGUUUACCAAUGAAAUUCCUUAAACUGAAAAUGUGCUGUUUCUAAACCCUAUGCUGUGAGUUUGAUACAUUGUAUUGUCCUUGUUUGAAGUCCUCCAGGAUAAUAUGUGUAGAUCUGAACCUUGCAAAGCACUGGAGGGCCUCAUUUUCACUUUUCUUUUUGCUAUUUAUCAGUCAGUGCACUUAUUUCUUUGUUCUUUAGAGAUGAAUAAACACCUCCUAAGCAGACCCAAUUUGUUUCUGUGUUAGAAAAUCUGUGAAGACAAUAGUGUGUGUAUAAAAAGCCAAUAUUUUUCAAUUUCUUUUGUGGUUCAAGCUGAUUUACAAACUGGUGUUUGUGUAUAUAUAGCUUUUGUGUUCUGCUUUGUAGUAUGAGGGAACUCGCUGUGCUGUAAAGACAGUGAGAUUGGUGUAACACUCACAAGAAGCAAGACUUCAGCACUUAUUCUGUGCACUGGGAUUUCAAUGUAUUUGAGCAGGUCAAAAAAGCACAUUUAUUUUUGUAAAUGUAUUUUUUUCCCUCAUACAGUUGAAAAGCUGUAAAGUGAGAUUUGUAUUGAAUUCAGUUUACAGCAUCGGCAAUGCUAGUUGGACAAAUAGUUUUGACCAUUGUGGCUGAUGCCAAUGGCCUUCUAUGAUCAGUGGUUUUUUUUGUUAUUAAAGGUUUGAUCUGCUUUAAAACUUGACAAACUAUUGAUGGUAAAUAAGGUGCUGCAGGUGUUGUGGUUUUUUUGUAUUUUUUAUAAUGUAUUUCUUUCACUUUUUGAAUAUUUAUGUAUCCAAGCCUGUUUGUACAUGUACUGUGAAUGAUAACAUGUUCCUGCACAAAUGCAUGGAGUAGACACAUCUUGCAGCUUGUUUAUUUGUAAAUGGGUUAGAACUGCAGUAUAUAACCCCACCAGUUGCUCCAGUCAUGUUGGGAUUGUUAUGAAUGAUUUAUCAUAUUUGGUGGGAUUUUAUGGUCCGGUAACUGCCAAAGUUAAAGCAAGAUGCUUUAACCAUUGUGUAUCUGUACUUGCAGGUAUAAAAAUGAAUGUAUCAUUGUGGGGGUUAUUUUCCAUUUUUUCUUCAGUAUUUUCUUCAAAGACCUUGUUAAAUUCUUAAGCUUGUUUAUUUGUGACUUUCAUUCUCAUAUUUUUUUUGUGAGGUGUGUUUUUUUUUUUUUUUUUUUUUUUUUGAUGAACCUGUUUGGCUGCACAAAGUAUUUCUCAUUUUUAUUUUUCUUCUACAUACUGUUAGUUCUGUCGUAAUUUUAAUGUUAUAGGUUUAAAUAUUGGGGGAAGGUUAAAUAUACAUGGCUUUAUCAUGAACACUUCUAGAAGCUUCCAUUUCAAGAGAUAUACAAAGAUGUUUGCAGCAUAGUUUGAUUGACCAGUAAUGUUAAUAUAGCCAGUAAAAGUUUUAGAAUCUGUCACCCAUUCAAGAUUAUUGAAGAAAGUCAAGAUGUAAAAUCUUACAAUCUUGGUUAUUGCAAAGGAGUUGUUGCAAAAUAACUGUAGUAUUUAUAUCCUUGGCAGGAGUUGUGUAUGCAACCAACAUCUUGAACUGUCCCACAAUCUGCUCUGUUUCUACAUAAAAUCUCUUGCCACACUUCAUCUGACACAUCAGGUUGGAGUUGGUUUUGAGAGCUAACUGUCAAAUAUGGGUUUGUUAAAUGUUUUUCAAGGAUAGUGUUAGUUGAAGGCGUCUGUCUAUUCCUGUCCUAAACUGCAAAUAGAAACAACGUGACUGUUGAGGAGCUUAAUCUUCGGAUAAACGGUGUUCACACUAAAGCUGUUGCUGGCAGCAAUAUCUAGUUUUCUAAAAGUUUAUUUGGUCAUUGGAGUCAAAUGAAGAUUUACCAGUUUUUUUUUAUUUUACUUUCAUUUUAAAAACCAAGACAAUGGCUCUGCGUUAACUGCUCAUUCUUGUCUCAUUUAGCCUUGAAGAAAGCUACACAUCCAAAGCUCUGCCCUAUAACCCAUUUUUCUUCCAGUAUCUCCUCCUGCCUGUUGCACCCAUGACGUUCCAUAACAUUGUAACAUUGUCAACACAGCAUGCAAGCUUGCAGCAUUUCGUAAAGGUUAUGUUUAGGUCAGCUGUGUAUAUAUUUAGUAGUUUUUGCAGAUGUUAGGGUAUCCACUUUUUUUUGUUGUUGUCAAGCAGCUGUAUUCUCAAAGUGGGUGGCGAUGUUGAAUGUUUAGAAGACAAACUGUAAUGUAUGCAUUUCCAUAUAAUGUAAAUGACUAACUAAUUCAGCAAUAAGGAACUUUACAUUAUAAAGUCUUGUUGAAAUUAAACUUGUUAGUUUUUCUAA